CCAAGCAAAUAAUCUAUGCAGGUAUAAAAAAACAGAAACCCCACCACUUGAAAAAGAUAAGGAAAAUGACCAAAUCUGCUGCAAUUGUAUGAACCAUUAUAAAACCACCCUAUUUUUAAUUUAACUUCCCAUUUUCUUUCAAAUUUUAGUUAGGCCCUUCUCUUUCCAUGUCCAGAUUUCUGUCUUUCUUGGUAUAAAUAACGUAAUGGUUUUGCUUUAGAAGAGAGAAGAAGAACGUAAUUGUAGAUGGGAAUGGAACCAAGAAUGCAAACAAAUAAUGUUCUGUUCUGUUUCUUGAUUAUCUUCUUAAUCCAUGUCCAUGGAGAGCAAUCUCCACUUGAUGAUCACGGAAAUCAUUUCCAUGAUCAAAUGCGAAAAAUGCAAGCCUUUAAGUCUUCUUUAAUCCGUCGUGAAUUGGUUUCCUGUCCCUCUCCUUCUCCUUCUCCUUCUCCUAGCUUUUCUGCUCCUGCUCCAUCACCACAGGCUGUUGUGAUGAAUAAUCCAAGAGUGUUUGAAGCGACAUCGUUUGGUGCAGAUCCAAGUGGAAAGUUAGACAGCACAGAAGCACUUGAAAAAGCAAUAGCAGCAGCAUUUCAAGGUCCAAAAGAAUUGUUCUUGAUGAAUGGAAUCACUAAUCUUGGAGGUGCUCAUAUUCAUCUUCAGGGUGGAAUUUACAAGAUUUCUCAACCUCUGAGAUUGCCUACUGUUGGAGCAGGGAACCUUAUGAUUGGUGGAGGUACAUUACUAGCCUCAGAUGAUUUUCCAACAGAUGGGUAUCUCAUUAAUUUAUCAUCAUCCUCUUCCUCCUCGUCCUAUAACUAUGAGUUCAUAACUCUCAAAGACCUGAUGCUAGAUUGCAAUUACAGGGGUGGAGGCAUUUCUGUUAUAAACUCACUUAGGACUAGCAUAGACAACUGCUACAUUACCCAUUUCAACACUAACGGAAUUUUAGUCCAACAAGGCCAUGAAACCUACAUCAGAAACUCAUUUCUUGGCCAGCACAUUACUGCCGGGUCCGAUCCAGGCGAAAGGAAGUUUUCAGGCAUAGCAAUAAACCUCAUGGGUAACGACAAUGCCGUUACUGAUGUCGUUAUCUUUUCAGCUGCCAUAGGAAUAAUGGUUUCUGGUCAGGCCAAUACACUUUCGGGAGUACAUUGUUAUAAUAAGGCCACAAGUUUUGGUGGAACAGGAAUUUACCUGAAGCUGCCAAAUCUAACUCAGACCAGGAUUUUGAAUUGUUAUUUGGACUACACUAGAAUUAUUGCUGAAGACCCUAAUCAACUUACCAUUACUAACAGCUUUUUCCUAGGGGAUGCAUAUAUUGUCCUGAAAUCGGUUAAAGGGAUUGCAAAGAGAAUCACCAUUGUUGAUAAUAUGUUUUCUGGGUCUAAUAAAGGGAUCGACAUUGUUCAAUUAGAGCAAUCAAGUGUUCCUUUCAAGGAAAUUGAUCAAGUUGUGGUGGAUAGGAAUAAUGUUCAAGGGAUGAACAUAAGGGCAACGAAUGCUAGGAAGUCUGUUCAAGGGAAUGGAACCUCAUGGAGUGUUGAUUUUAGUCCAAUUCUAUUAUUUCCUGACCUUAUCAAUCAUGUUCAAUACUCGUUGAGAGUAAAUGGCAACUCAUUUCCUAAUUUUGCUCUGCGCAAUGUUUCCGAAAAUAAGGUUGUAAUCGAAUCGAAUAUUGCAGUAACUGCUAGGGUUUUUGUCAUGGUGAAUCAAGCACAGCUGUAACAAUUUGAUGAUGUGCAUUUUUUUUUUUAAAUCUCUGUAGUUUGGAAGCUUUGAUUUUAUGAAGGUGAAUGUUAUUUGAA